GGAAAUGUGUUCGCGUUGAUUCUAGCUUCGGUAUCCGGAGCGUAACUUCCGGGAAACAAAUCUCCUCAUCUCUCAGAGCCCUUAUUGAUUACCAGGUCUUCAUUCCCCGGUCUGCCAGAGUCUGAACUCGGUACCGGACCCUGAUGAUCAAACACACACGGACUUUAAACUUCAACGGUGCGUCUAUCGACCACUAUCUGACGUCAUAGCCUUUGCUGCUGUUAGCUUAGCAUAGCUUAGACAGUUCGCCUGGAGGGGCCAGGUGAGAUCAGCAGCAUCGUUUGUGCUAUGGGAGCCCACCGCAGUGAAGGGGGACAGGACUGGAUCGUGCAGGACGGCCCGGAACAACCGGAGCAGACUCCGAAUCCAUGGAACCUUAUGAUCAAACACAGACAGAUCCACAGACGAGGACGGCGCUCACACAUGACAGUCAGCUACACUGAUCCUCAGGUGUCCAUGGACCUGCUGAGGGCGGUGCUCCAGCCCAGCUUCAACGAUGACAUCAUGGCUGUAUUCAAGAAGUACCAGAAGUUCUUUGACAAAGCAGCGGAGAACGUGAAGGAGAACGUUGGAGAUGAUGUCCACACCGAUCAGCUAAUCAAAGAGGCCUGCAGGAACGUCCUGGAACAUGCCAAGCAGCUGUUUCCAGAGGUGGAGGUGAAGAGGGCCGGGCCAGAGGUCGCACUCAAGAGGAACAGACCUGCUGAUGAAGACUACAUUCAGAGAGGAAGCCCUCUUCCGAAGAAGAGGAGAGCUCGUCCAGGUGUCUCUGCUGACAGACCUCAUGGCUUUUCUACUCAAUCAAAGCCCAAAUCUGAACCUAUCAAGAGAGAGGGACCAAAGUGGGAUCCAUCCAGACUGAAUGAGAACAGCACGUUCGUUCUCGGCUCCAGAGCCAACAAGGCGCUGGGGAUGGGCGGGACCAGAGGACGCAUCUACAUCAAACAUGCUGAUCUGUUCAAGUAUGCAGCUGAUGCGAAGGAUAAGCAGUGGUUGGCAGAGAGACACCACAUGAGGGCAACUGGAGGGAAGAUGGCCUAUCUGCUUAUCGAGGAGGAUAUCCAGGAUCUGUCUCGCAGUGACGAAUACAAGGACUGUCCGGACGUCAAGAUGGACGAGAUGAAGCCGUUCUCAGUUCCUCCCUGGAUGGUGGAGAAGAUGCAGAGAGCCAUGGAGGCUCAAAGAGAUGCCGACCUGUGACCCCUGUUUGAAGAGAGGAAUGUGCCAGAUUUUGUUGAAACUGAUAAGCCAAUCAGAGAGCAGGGAUUGAUCAUGUGACCACCAGGCUCUGAUUGGCUGCUUCUGCUUUUAUAUUCACUGCUUUUUUAAAAAAUAAAAAAACAUCUGUUACAUGUG